AGUUCCUCGACCUGAAGGUAUAGUUAUUAUUCAUUAAUACCAUUAGAUAAUAAAUAUAUAGACAAACUGUUAGACAAUAUAUGGGUGGAAAAAAAGAGUCAACACUUUUGUGAACACAUCUGUCCUCAAGAAUAUAUUGGUUCACAAUUAAAGAGCCGCGUUACCGGCCUUUUGCAUAUUUGAAUACGUGUACUUCGCUCGGCCCGACUCUAUGAUGGAGGGACAGAUGGUCUACAGUGUGAGACAAAAGUGCGGCCGACAACUGGCCAUUGAAGCGCCAGUAGUGCAAACUGAGGGCCCAUCCAAUGGCAUUACAAAUGGUGAGCCGAGCUUUGCUGCGAGCGAUUUGAUAGUAUCGGCGGCUCCCGAGACAUCAAUUCCCGCGGCUUUGGGUUACGCACAACAGGCGAACCUCCCGUACGUCGAGGUCUUCUGCAAGAAUCGGUACAUCGGCCGUUCAUUCAUUCAGCCCUCUAUUAAGUUGAGGCGUUUAGCGGUGGCCAAAAAGUUUGGACCUCUCUCUCAAAACUUUAUUGGAAAGUCUAUUAUAUUGGUUGACGACUCUCUUGUUAGAGGCACAACAAUUGGACAACUAAUCCGUUUAUUGAAAGACGCAGGCGCCAAAGAAGUGCACAUUCGGAUCGCAUCGCCUCCCCUACACUUCCCCUGUUAUAUGGGAAUUAAUAUCCCAACUAAAGAGGAAUUAGUCGCCAAUCAUCUAAAAGCUGAACAAUUGGCGCAAACACUAGGCGCCGCAUCACUAGUCUAUCUAUCAGUGGAUGGACUGAAAAAGUCGGUUCAGUCGGGAAUUCGGGACCAACUGUUGAAAGAGGACCCGAACUACGAGGAGGACGACUUGGUUGAGCGCAUCGGUCACUGCACCGCAUGUCUCACCGGACAAUAUCCCGUCAAAUUGAGUUUCUAAGCCAUCACUCGAUUUAUAUUAUAUUAUAAUAAUUAUAAUAUACUUUUAUUAAC